GGCCAUAUUUUCUCCUCCGCUCGCAUUGCGCUUCCCCCGUCGGCCGUGUUGACGGCGGUUUUUCUGUGGUGCGAACGCGAGGCGUUUGUAAUACUCGACCCUUUUUUUUUUUUACCCCCACCAUCGCCACCACGACUGUUCGGCUCGCCGUCCAGGAAUAAUGAGCGAUGAAGAGCGCGACGUGGACAUCGAAAGCGACGCGGACAAGAGGGCGCACCACAACGCGCUGGAACGAAGACGAAGGGAUCACAUCAAAUUCAGCUUCACCAGCCUACGUGACGCUGUGCCAUCACUACAAGGGGAGAAGGCAUCGCGGGCUCAGAUCCUAAAGAAGGCAGCAGACUACAUCCAGUCUAUGCGGCGCAAGAACACGGCACACCUGCAGGACAUCGAGGACCUCAAGCGACAGAACAAGCUCCUCGAGGAACAAAUGUCUGAACGUCGCCAUCUGUCCUGCCUUGCAGUCCGGGCGCUGGAGAAGACCAAGGUGGCCGGUGGCGGUGGCUACUCGACUGCCCCCAUGCUCGACGCGAUGAACAUCAAGGGGGACUCGAUCUCCGCCUUCGACGGGGGCUCCGGGUCUGAGAGCUCCGACGACACGGACAACUCCUCCCGGGGCUCGCGGAAAAAGCUUAAGUCCAGCCCGGGGUCGACGCCCCUGCACCUCUGAAGAAGGCACCGGUGUUGUUCCGUCAGUUGCUUCGCCGUUGAGCAAGCAACGAGCUCUCGAAGAAGGCCUGCCCGGAUGCAACUGCGUCGAUGUUGAGCCAGAUGCCCUCUCCCUCUUGCCCCUACAUGCCUGUUACUAUUAUUUUUUUUUUUUCUUCCUCGAUACCGGUUCCCUCUAAGCAAGAGGGGCUGAAAACGCAAGUGGAUGCAUGAGGGCUUUUGUGGGGGGAGGAGGUGAGGACGUUUUUAGAUGUUAUUUAUAUCUUCGCGUGCGAUUUUAUUUUAUUUUUCGGCCCUCUUAAUUGUGCUCAUGUUGUGUGGCUUUUUCAUACUUGUACCUGUAAGCGGGCACAAACGAUUACGUACGACCGGGCGAGUCCUCGCCAAAUGCCGCCUGCCCUCGGCCCCGGCUUUCUUGGGGAAGAGCUUGGCUACUUUCGACUCACAGCUAUUGCAGCGGAAUUAGGGCCCGUUCUCUCCUGAUGUGGGCAGGGAUUACGUUCUCUUUGAUCUCUCCUCUGCCUUCUUGGUUACACGCGGGAAUCUUUCUUGAAAUGGCAUUUGUGUGUGUGUGUGGGACGGUUGUGAUGCUCCGCUUGUGGUCUGUGCUUGACGACUGUCAAGGGGUGCCUGUCAAAGGUGGUAGGGAAGCGAGACGAGUGGCAUCGGCGACGCUAGCUUGUCCUUUGAUUGCCGCAUGCUUCUGGCAAUGCCCUGUUCUUCCUAGGAUUGCGGUUUGCCAGUAUGUUUUGGAUGAAUUCGCAAGUGUCGUUUGGAGGUGGAAUGCGAGGCGAAUGAGUCAGGCUUGGCACUUAACAAGAAAGUGAUAAUUGAUGAUGUUGGGAUUUCCGCGUGUAUUGAGCGUGGCUUUGAGCCAGGGCCAGAACUCUGCGUGAUUUAAAACCGUCUGAUUGCUUGUUUCUAGAAUUUGACUUCUCUUUCUCUCUGUCUCGGCUGCUGAUGACGAGGUACAGUUAUGCUCACUUGCGAAUUUCCAAAUGUAUUGGUUGAGAAACUUGAAAUGUCUGGCAGUCUGCUAUGAGGCAUAAGAAUGUAAGUUUGGAGAAGUUGUGGGAAUACACCUGGAAGGGCAUUUGGUGUAAAGCCGCCAAAAAGAAAUGUUCUGUACAGGCGCCUCGGGGAUGAAAAAUCUGAAGCACCCAGGGCCUGCUGAAGCGCAUCGGUGUAACAGUGUCCUUUGUGUGUGCGCGCGCGUAGCAAAGCUUGUUCUCAAGUUGAUUGUUUGUUCGUACGUCAAAGGCAUCCUGUGCUUUGUUGGUGGACUUGUGGUCUCCUUGCGUUGCAAAAUUUUGAUCCUUGCUUUGGCAAGAACUGUCUGGGGCUUUUUUUUUUUCACCCUUUCUCUUAUUUAGUUUUGCAGCUGUGUACAUGCCCAGUUUUUUGCUUAAAUGGACAUCUGAACAAAAAGCUUUUCUUGUUCUGUGAUCUUGGGGGGUCUCUCUGAGACAUGAGUGCAAAAACUGUGUUUUGUUUGAGUUUCAUUUUUCUUUUUCAUAAUUUUUUAAAGCAUUAUGACCCUCUUUUCAUAAGUGUUGCCUCAAUUGACGAGAAUGACUCAUUAACUUGUGGCUCGCACACUAUGACUGAAAGGCAUCUUCCCAUUGGAGAGAGGAGUACAAGAAAAGGCCACCGGGGUGCAUGAGACUGCCGUUGUCAUCUUUUCCGCUGUCUUUUCGUUAAGUACAGAUCGCUAAGAGCAGCUGAGCGCGAGCCUCCAAAGAAUUCUAGAUAUUGUUCACACUUCUGCGUGCGUGCCGUCUCCCAAUUGAUAAUGCUCCCACGAGGAGCCGAGUGGGUGGCUCCUCGUGGGCGGAAGCGCUCUUGAAUGCAAAGCGAGUGCGAGAAUCUGUAAUGUAACUCUACAUUGUUGUGUUGCCCUCCUUCCUCAGCAAUAAGAAGCCCUCGGGAGCUUCUGUGCGGCUCGGGAACUGGAAAAUAAGUCUCUGAAGACCCUUUCUGUUUAACAGCCCUCUUGGUUAUCAUCGGCACCGACGCGAGAACCAUUCCCCUGCCUUGUAAAGAGUGGCACAAACCAGUGUUUUCUUUUUUGUGUGUGUACCUAAUUCAGUUGCGAACGUGGCCAGCCUCUGCCCGCCAGUACGUUAUCACUGCCUUCCUGCAAGCACAAGCAAAGGGCGCAGGAUUGGCGUUAACUGGACACAAUGAAUUUUAACGUCAUCAAUUUUUUUUAUUUCAGUGUUAUAGAUCAUGCAAUGCACCAAGUGUACCUAUAAAUGUGCCGUGUCCAUUUCCUCGGGCCAAUAAACCCUGGUCUGUACAUAAA